AUGAGGGUGUCUGCCUUGUUUUUUGACAAGGAUGCACGGUACCCGUGCCUGCUAAGCCCUUGCAAGGUUUGGGAUGAUGCGCUGUCAGAGGCGGUCUCGGGCCCCGAGCUCAAAGUCUACUGCUACUGUGCGUUCAAGCAAUUUGCGGACGAGCAUCAGCAUUGCCUUGAAGAUAGAAAGGCAAUCGUCGUCAAGAUCAAUGAGACGCGCGAGUUACUUCUCGCGCCAGUCUUCUCCAUUGAAGAUGACGGCACCAAGUGCCCGGUUUUCUGGGGUUACCUCCUGUACUUCGGCGUUGCAUCAGCCGUAUCGUUGAUGCUAGACAACAGCCGAAUGGCUGUGGUUCUUGAUCUGGACGAAACGCUGUUGGUGGCAAACUCGAUGUCGACGCUUGAUUCGAAGAUAGAGGUGGCGCGCAAGACCAGGCGUCUUAAAGCUGUGGAACUGCGGGAGCUGCUCAGCCAGGGGGUCACGGUGGACAGCGAGGAAGCUGCGCGGCUGCGGGGCGCGGAGUCCUCCGCCGCGCGGGAGGAGGAGCUGCUUGCGUCGGACCUGGAAAUGCUGCGUCAGUUUGCAAGCACGAGCACCGUCACCUUGAACGGCGUCUCGCACAAGGCGAAGAUGGAGCUAGCCUACUUGGAGGACGGUACGCAGGUCAAGCGGCCCGUGAUCCGGCUGGAUAAGCCGCACCCCGUCAUCUUGACGCGGAUCCGGCCGGACCAGCGGGAGACUAGCAUGAUCCUGCGGCCCCGGCCCUUCUGGGAGGAGCUGCGCGCCGUGCUAGCCGGGGACACAGAAGUGGACCAGAACGGGAAACCCAAGCUCAGGUUCGAUGUGUACGUAUGCACGGCAGCUGAGCGGCAAUACGCUCUGGAGGUGUGGCGGCUACUGGACACGCGAGCCAGCAUCAUCCCCACCAGUGACCGGUCGAAGCGAAUCAUCAAUGUGCCCGGCGGCCGCAAAAAGCAGCUGCUCAAGUCGUUGGGGGUUGCUGACAAUGCGGGCAACCCGCGGCUGGAGUGGCCUGAGCUGCAGGAUGACGAGCCGCCUCUGCCACUUGCUGUGGUGCUGGAUGACCGGUUGGACGUGUGGGAGGCGGCGUCCCAGUCGUGCAUCCUGCAGGUCGUCCCCUGGUACUGGUACCGCGACGAGGCGGCGCGCCUAGUGUCGGGUCCUGGCACACCCGCGGAGCGGCUGGCGCUUGCAUCGGAGAACGAGAUCAAGCGCAUGCGCGAUGCUGUACUUCAGCUGCGUGCGGAGCUGUUUUACGACAUAAACGAGCGCCUGCGCAAGCUGGCGGAACAGCUGGUAACGUCCGGGGCGCCGGAAGAGGAUCAGCGGCGGAACCCGGGAGCGCUACUCCCGGGGCUUAAGACGGUCGCGGGCAUCCUGCGGGCUGCUGCUAGUCGCGUCUACCAGAUGCCCACCCUCGCGUCCAUUGCGGCGCAGUUCCGCCCCAGCAGCCUCACGCCGCCCCCGGAAAUGGAAUCUCUCGGAAUGCCGCCACCACCGGGGGGGUUUCUCCCUGAGGUGGUCUUCCCGCCCGGCACCCAGGGGCCGCUGGUAGCUGGGGGGGCCCUGGCGGCUGCGGCGCCUUUGGCCGUGCAGCCCGCAGCUGCUGCACCCACAGGCGCUGGGCCCGAUGGCUUGAUGCUUAACGGCCUUAGCACCCCUGCAGCGGCUGCCGGCGUGCCUGCUCAGCCGGGACCGGGGCAAGGGCAAGGACCGGCUCUACCGCAAGUCAUCUCUCUCAAGCCUGUGGAUCCUCGCGCGGCACGAAGGGCAGCUGCGGCGGCUCAGCGCGCCAGCGCCACCCAACGUUCCGCCGGCGGCAUCGUGCUGCAGCCGCCAGCUCCCGGGAUGGGGCCCCAGCCCAUCACCGCCUUCGGCGCCCUGACAUCUCUUGGGCCGCCUGCAGCUCCCCAGCCGGCGGCAGAGCCGCUUAAGCGGCGCAUCGCGCCGGGCGCGUUGGAUCCCAGUAAAUGGAGCAUUGAAGCGUUGGAUGCCGGAGGUCCCGAGCAGCAGCAGCAGCCUGAACCUCCAGCAUCGGGUGCGACCGCCGGCCCUGGCUCCGCCCCUGGAGAUGCUGCUGCAGUCUCCGGUGACCCGCGACAAGCCUCAGCUGGUGCUCGCGUUGAAGAGGGCCGCGGGGCGGUCACCUUGGAUGGUGGGACAGAACUGAGCGGCGGCGGCUCGGGGGGAGCUCAGCCGCAGCAGCAAGCGGACUCGUUAGAUAAUGCAGCGAAACCUGGGCCGGGAUCAGUCCAGGCGCAGCAGGCACAGCAGGAGGUCCAGGGGAGCCAGGCGACCUCGACCUCCGAUGCGCAGCAGCAGCAGAAACCGAUUUCCCAGGCUGGCUCAGGGCCUGCUAGUACGGCAGGAGGUGCAAGUGUGGGCGGGGCCGGUGCUGGGCCGGCGGGUGCACGUAAACAAGCUGACGACGCGUUGUUAGCGGCGCUUCGCAGCCAGAUCCAAGGCUUUGACCCGUCACUGCAGGCAGUGAUUGCGGAGUUGCUACGGAACCCGGAGAUGCUUAGAAAUCCGGAGACCCUGCGGCUGCUGCAGCAGCAGUCCAAAGCACAGGCACAGAAGAACUUGCAACAACAACAACAUCAACAGCAACAGCAAGCGUCGCACGCGACCCAGGCAUCUAAGCAGGCGCAGCCGGGGCCAGGGCCCAACACGAGCAGCGGGGGUCAAGCUCCGGCUGCGGCGGGGUCCGCGGCCACAGCUGCUGCUGAAGUCGGUCCCCAACCGCCCCAGCAGACGUUGCCGCCGCCGCCACCGCAGCCGCCACAGCAACAGCAGCCCGGACUGCAGCCUGCAAGCGGGCAACGACAUGCAACUCCGCCCCUGCAGCAGGCUUCGCAACAGCAGCAGAACCCACCCGUGACGUUACAACAGCCUCCACAGCAGCAGCAAGGGCAGCUUCCAGCGCAGCAGCUGCCGCUGCAGCAGAAGCACCAGCCCUCCCAGCAGCAACCGCCGCCGCAGCAUCGUCCGCCACCUCCUCAGCAUUUUCCGCAGCCGGGCCCGCCGCAACAAACACCGCCAGGGCCGCAAGGGCCGUCCCAGUAUCCACCACCGCCAUCCUCGCAACCCCAGCCCCCGGCUCUGCACCAGCCACCGUCGGCACAGCAGACGGGGGCGGCAGCUCCCCAGCAGCAAGCGCCUGGCACAUCGGCAGCUGUAAAAGAACAACAACAACAACAACAACAACAACCACAGCAACGACAACAACAGCAACAACAACCACAGCAACGACAACAACAGCAACAACAACCACAGCAACGACAACAACAGCAACAACAACCACAACAACAAGAACCACAGCAACAACAACAACAACCACAACAACAACCACAACAACAACCACCACAACAACAAUCACAACAACAAUCACAACAACAACAAUCACAGCAACCUGGGUUGCAAUUCCCACCACCGCCGCCGCAGGGUCCUCCAAACCAGCAGCCACCCCGUCACCACGCACAGCAGCCCCAGCAGCGACACCAACACCAGCCUCAACCUCCCCCAGGGGCACCGCCGGCCCGGCCUCUGCCACACCCUCCGCCAGUCAGAUCGUCUACUCCGCCGUUGCUGGGGCAGGGCCAGGGUCAAGGUGGGCCCCCAGGGCCUCCGCCUCAUCACGGGGGAGGGCCAUCACAGGGCUUGUCGAACGGGCCGGGCCCUUCUGGUCCGCCACCGCAGGGCCAGCCCGGACUGCCGCCUCCCCCGGGGCCGCCGCCCCUAGGGGCCCCACCGCAGGCGCCACACCAGGUUUCCCAGCCCCAGCAGGGCCAGCCGGGUCCCCUGCAGGCUGUACAGAUGCAGGUGAUGGUGGGUCCCGACGGGCGGAUCAUCCUACAGCCACCGCCCGCUCAACAGGGACCCGGUAGCGGACCGCAUACGGGCGGGCCGCAGGCACUGCCAGGCCCAGGCCAACAAAUGCAGGGUCCUCCUUUGGGGUCGGGGCAGAUGGGUCCCGGUGCAUCUGGGUUUAUGGGCCCCGGGCCCAUGCAGCUGCAAGGCCCGGGCAUCAUGGGCAACAAGGGCGGUAUGCCAGCGCCACCACCACAGCAGCAACAGGGACAGCAACCCGCGGGCCAACCCAUGCAGAUGCCCAUGCCGCUACCUGGCGGCGGCUUGACUGGCGCACUUGUAGGCCCUGGUGCUAUGGGUCCCGCAGGCAUGGUAGCAAACGCGCCACCGCGCGACGUGCUGAUGCAGCAGAUGCUAAUUGGCGAGAUGAUGAACUUGGACAUGCAGAUGGCAGCGAUGAGCGGGAUGAUGGUACCUAUGGGCGGGAUGGGGGGUCCAGGAGGCGGAGGAAUGAUGGGCCCGGGUAUGGGUGCCCCUGGGCCCGGGCAUCAGGGCAGCGGGCAGCCGAUGUUGGGGAUGGCCAUGAUGGGUCCUGGGGGCCCUCAGGGCGGCCCCAUGCAGCAGCAGAUGGGCCCCAUGGGGCCGCUGCAGCCGAACGGGCCGCAGGGGAUGCCCCUGGUGAUGAUGAUGAUGCCACCGCAGGGACCUGGGGCCGGGAUGCCGGUCGCCAUGCAAUUUCCUCAGGGCGCGGGACCUGUGCAAAUGCAGAUACCCGGGAUGCCGCAGCAGCAGCCCCAACAGCAGAUGCAGCAACAGCAGCCGCAACAGGGCCCGAUGCCGCAUGGGAUGAACAUGGGAAUGCCCCCCCAGCCGCAGCAGCCGCAGCAGAUGGGACAUCCCAUGGGGCCCCAUGGCGGAAUGGGCGGAAUGCCGCAAGGGGCUCCUGUGAACGGCCCAUUCGGCGGACCGCAGAUGCUUCAGCCGGGGCAAAUGCAACCCCAACAACAACAGCAGGGACAACUGCAGGGACCGCAGGGACAAAUGCCGCCCCCGCAGCAGCCACAACAGCAAGGGAUGUCUACACAAGGGAUGCAGUUUGCAGGCGCGCAGCAACCGAUGCACUUCAUGGGCGGGCCAGUUCAGGGGCAGGGCAUGCAGGGUCACGGCAUGACGUCGGGGCAACCUCCGAUGGGCAUGAUGUCCGGCGGCCCUGUGAUGCAUGCCGGCAUGAAGCGCCCGCCGUCGCCCUCAAAUCUUGCCCCUGGGGAGCCGCCCAGCAAGGCGCCUCGGCAAGGUGGUGGCAGCAUCCUGGAAAAUGGCACUCCGAGUGGCGGCCUGCCCGGCGGCUUGCCGCCCUGGCAAGCCUCGAUCCAGCCACAACAGCAGCAACAUCAAGGCGGAGGUCCCCCGGCUGGUAGCGCAGCCCAGCCGCCUGGUCCGCCGCCCUUCGCGCCGCAAGAUAGCGCCACCGGCAGCGACUCCUCCGGCGUAAUGGUGCCCCUGGAGAACCCUGUGACCAAGCUAAACGAGAUUGCGCAGCGCAAUAAGGUGCGCUUGGCGUUUCGGGAAGCCAAGGACGGCGAGAGCGGGAGCGUGGGCUGGACAAUAACUGCCAUCUACGGCGGCAAGGACAUUGGCCGGGGACAUGCAGCCACGAAGAAGGACGCCAAGCGAUUGGCGGCCAUGGAUGGCUUGAAGGCCCUGGGCAUCAGCCUCGCCGUAGGGCCACCGGCGGGCAGCCGCAACCUGGCAGGGCCGCAGCCGCAGCAGCAGACCACCUCCGCGUCUUCCCACCCCAACCAGAGCUCUGGAGGGUCGGGGGCGUUCAUUGGCCCGGUGCCGCCGCCACCGCCGCCCACGGAGGCCGCUUCGGAGGUUGUGAGCUCCAGUGCGGCCGGGGGUGCGGGGCCGGGACAUGGACCGGGUACGGGUACGGGGGGCCACCCCGCCAAUGACGCCACGAUGUACCGCCUCAUCAGCAUGUUUGGCAAAGACAACUUGCUCUUUGCAAACAUGGAGGACGAGGGGUACCCGCCGGCAAGGUACGCAAAGGUGGAGUUGACCAUCCGCAACACGCAGCACCGCGUCCAGGGAGAAGGCCAAAGCCGCCGUGCAGCCCGACUGGAUGCAGCUGCCCGCAUGCUGGCGCACCUGGGGGUGCCCGCACCCGGUCUGGCCACCUCGUCAGCGCAGCGUGAGGCGGGCAACGUGUAUAGCCGCGGGGGGGGGAGUGGUCAGGAUAGCGACAGUGACGGCGGCGCGGCAGGACCCUCUGGCAACGGUCGUGCAUCGCACCACCACCAUCACCACCAUCAUCAUCACCAGUCACAGCAGCGCGGCCAACAGUUGCAGCAGCAGCAGCAGCCGCGCGCCAGCUCGCGAAGCCCCCGUCCAAGCGAGGACGAGGGCGAUGAGGCGGACGAGGACUACGACGUGCUGGCCGGCGCAUCGUACUAUACCCGCGGCACACGGCCUGGCAGCAAGACUGCUAAACGUGCUGCACAGCCGGAUGACCUCGGAGGCGGAGGCAGCAGCAAGGCUUACGUGGCGGACUUCAUGCAGCUCAUAGCUGAGGAGCUUGACGACGGGCUGGGAGGAGGGGGAGGAGGGGGCGGGGCCCCGAUACCCGGGCACGCAGGCAGCGGGGCAGCUGGGGGGAAACGGGCGGCCAGCCGGGGCAUGGAACCGAAACAGCCGCAGUCCAACCAGCAGGCCGGGGAUGACUCGUCUGAGGAGGAGGAAGGGGAAUUGCCCAGCGAAGAAGAGGGGGGCUAG